GUAUCAUUUACUCGUGAGUAAGCCAACCAGUGCUGGUCUACACACACACUUUCCCAUACUAUGACCUACCUGUGUUGAAUACGUAUUUGUGUGAUUUUUUUAUUGGAACAUUCUGAUUUGAUGGGAUUAAACACAUAACUCAGCUAGUGUUUACCUGAUUACGAAGUGUUGGCUUUAUAGGUGAAUACAACCGAUCUCCUAUCCCAUCUGUUAUAAUUUGGAGUGUUUGGUGUGUAUAUAACGGAGACUUUGUCAACGACAUAAUUGUAACCUUCUCUGACUAGGUCAUAUUUGAAUUUAUGACAGUGAACCAUGUCCAGUAUUCUUUUGGUCGCCUCCAUCAUUAUUAUGAUGGCCACUCUGACGUCCGGGUACUUGUCUGGGAUGUGGCCCUGGAAGACAUGUAAGACUGCAUGUUUUCUCGGCUUUGGUUGCUACAGCAGCGAGAAGCCGUUCGACAACACACAGGGAGUUCUGCCAUUGUCCCCAAAGAAACAAGGACUGCAUUUCCUCCUGUACACUCGCAAAAAUCCUGUACGCGCUCGAAAGCUGAAGUGGAACUCUAAAAGAGUCAAGGGAAAACUUAAUCUAAAGCGUGACACCAUUUUCCUCAUUCAUGGUUGGAUGGAUAGUGCCAAAAAUCCAAAGUUUCGCAAGAUGAGAAAAACUCUUAUAAGAUUUAACGACGUCAAUGUUAUUGCCGUGAACUGGAAACGAGGUGCAGGACAUAACUUGUACUACCAAUCGGCCGCCAACACAAGAAUCAUCGCCGCCAUGAUAUCGAAAUUCCUUCUGAGACUACAGUAUGAGCUGGGCUACAGUAUGGAAAAGGUUCACAUCAUUGGUCACAGUCUUGGCGCUCAAAUGGCUGGCUACAUCGGCACAGAGGUCAAGGGCAUCGGCAGAAUCUCUGGUAUAGACCCAGCCGGACCAUCGUUUGAAGGGUACCCUCCGGAGACUGUUCUCGACCCUACUGAUGCUAAUUUUGUGGACAUCUUACACACGGACGCCCGAGAUCUAUUCGUACUAGGUCAUCCGGGCUUUGGCGCAAAGUCAAGAAUGGGUCAUGCUGAUUUUUACGUCAAUGGAGGCCAUUCCCAACCAGGAUGUCCUUCCACAAUGAAUCAACAACUGGGAUUGAUAGUAACCGGAAGUGUUGAUGUCUUUAUGAACAUGGGAUGCAGUCAUAUACGAGCGGUGAAUUUAUACAUAGAAUCUAUUAAUAUACGAAAGUGUAAAUUUACAUCGUACAAUUGUACGGAAGGGGACGGACUAACUGUUGCUGAGGGCUGCAAUACUUGUGAAAAUGGAUGUGCUCUUAUGGGCUACCAUUCCAAUGUUGGUAACCCACGUGGUGUUUUUGUGUUAAACACAAACGAUAAAGCGCCAUUCUGUAUAACAGAAGCAGUCAAACUACCAGAAUCAACAGCCGAGACAAUUAUAGAGUCAUGACAUUAGAUGCUUUAAGUUUUUAUCAGCAAAUCAUCUUCAUCUGUCAUGUUAAGCCACGUGAUGUUUUACAACUUAAAUAUCUUGUGGUCAGGAUCUGAAAUCAAGCGUAGAUUUCUUUGUUUUGUUAUAUGAGUGCUAAUUCAUCUUUAAUCGUUGAUCUUUUAUGUUGAAUAUGAUAUUAGGUCGUGCGUGUAUACCGUUCCUAUUUUCCUGAUGUGUAUUUGAGUAUUGUCGUAAUGUGUGUGAAAGUUGCGGAGUAAACUGUAUACGUGCGAGCGUGUUUUAGGACAAGUGUGUGCGUAUGUUUAACCGGUUAAAUAAUCUAUUUUAAUCAAAGGAAUACAUAUAAAAAUGGUAUGAGUGUUUAUUUAUUAAAGCAUGAAUGUGGAUGAACUGGCUUGGCAAGGACUGGUUUAUUAUUAUUCUGUAGCUGAUCAAUAUAUGGAUACUGAAAACAAUACAAUCAGACAUCUCAUAUAGCCAUCUUAUAUCACACUGACUUUAUGUCCCAUAAGUAAUGCUAACAAUCAGUACAAAGUAACAAAGUACACGAAGCGUGUAUUAUAUGGAUGAUUUAUAUAUUCGGAUAUGAUCGGAUGCUUCGCUCCUAAUCAUGAACAUCAGCACUGAUAAGUACACAGAACUUUUCAGAUGUGCAUGUCAUAUGAUACCCCAACAUGUACGAUAGAUUUAAUUUAAUUUAAUUUUUCAUAUGAAAUUUGAAUAUGAUAUGCAUUAUUUACCAAACGUGAUAUUUCACUCUGUCUUCGACGCUGGAACAUUCGAUCGCCGACAUUGACCAUAUAUGUAUGUCUUGUAUCGGGACCCGGAGAUACAUGCACUUGGACAAUGUGUGAACAUGUUGUGUUCCUACGUAAAUCUUUUCUUAUGUUGACAAUCUGAACAGAUCAUGUACAUUGUAUUAUUUGGUAAUUGAUAAGUUGUUUUAGUUUACUUCUAACAUUGUUAUUAUGCCAGCCACUUUACGGGUGUGUAGUAUGACAGAGUGGUUUAUGUAUUCAAGCAACUACAAUGCAAAUUUGUUAUACAUCACUGUAAAUUGAUAUGCUGGUUCGGUUUGACCGAUUCAAAAUGUUGUUAAACCACAGGUGCUACCGUGCCCGUGUUGUUAAUAAAAGUAUUUAUUUGCUACGGAAAA